AUGGGAGGCGGCAGACAAAGGAGCAGAUUGGAGUAUCCAUGGAUAGCUGUACAGCUCUUCAUGCUUUUGUGUUUGGAGCAGACGGCCCGGGCACAAAUACGAUAUUCAGUUCCAGAGGAGGUGAAAGACGGAUCUGUUGUCGGAAAUAUUGCAAAGGAUUUGGGCCUGGACGUUAGCACUUUGGCAGAGAGAGGUUUUCGUAUUGUUUCCGGAUCUAAGGACGCUCUUUUUCAGGUAAACCAGAACAACGGCGUCUUGAUUGUGCAUAGGAAGAUUGACAGAGAGGAGCUGUGCGAUGGCAAUUCAGCAUGCUUAGUUAACCUGAAAAUAGCAGUAGAAAACCCUUUGGAGAUACAUUAUGUGUCGGUUGAGAUCGUGGAUGUUAAUGACCACGCUCCACGCUUCUCCAAGAAAGAACAACAUUUGGAAAUAGCAGAAAACACACUACCGGGCGCGGAUUUCCCAUUAGUAGCUGCCCGCGAUUUUGACUCCGGUGUAAAUUCUCUGCGUCUCUAUAAACUGAGUCACAGUGAACAUUUUGAGCUCGAAGUGCGAGACGAUGGCGAAGAGAACAAAAUUCCACUUCUAAAAUUACAGAAGUCUUUAGACAGAGAACAUAAAUCUAAACAUAAUUUAGUGUUAACUGCAGUUGAUGGUGGGAACCCGUCCAGAUCAGGCAGCAUAAAUAUUACUGUAACUGUGCUUGAUAUAAAUGAUAACAGGCCAGUCUUCAGUCAAAAUGUCUACACAGCAUCUAUCAAAGAGAAUACUCCAGCUAAUGCAUUCGUCUUAAAAGUGAAUGCUAGUGAUGCUGAUGACGGCUUAAAUGGCGAGGUGAUGUAUUCAUUUGAUGGCAAUUUAAAACAAAACGUGUAUGACACUUUUGAAGUAGAUAAAAUCACUGGGGAAAUCCGAGUGAAAAGCAAAAUUGACUUUGAGAACACGGAAGUUUAUAGAGCGGAUGUUACAGCUUCAGAUAAAGGACAGCCUCCUAUGACGACAAACUGUAGAGUGAUGAUAAAAGUAAUUGACGUUAAUGACAAUAAACCUGACAUUGAGGUUACUUCACUGUCCAAUGUGGUUUCAGAGGGCUCUAAACCCGGGACCGUUAUUUCUCUGAUUAGUGUUACUGAUAAAGAUUCUGGUGUUAAUGGCAAGGUUAUCUGUAAUUUAUCCGAAAAUGUCCCCUUUGAGCUGAAACCUUCAUUUCAAGAUAAUAUGUAUUCCCUUGUAAUCAAAGGACAGCUGGACAGAGAGCUUGUACCUGAAUAUGAUAUCACCAUAGUAGCCACUGACCUCGGUCAGCCAGCAUUGUCCACCUCUAAAACAUUUAAUGUCCAAAUAUCUGACAUUAAUGACAACGCCCCCGAGUUCCCCCAGAACCCCCUCGAGCUUUACCUGGCGGAGAAUAACGCACCCGGUGCCUCCAUAUUUUCUGUAAGCGCGUUUGACAAGGAUGCGAAUGACAACGCCGCCAUUACAUAUCACAUAAUUAGGAGUGAGGGAACGCAACAGGACAUAGUAUCAUUCUUAAACAUAAACUCAGAAAACGGACACAUCCACGCAUUAAAAAGCUUUGAUUUUGAAAGUAUAAAAACGUUCCAGUUCCAAGUUCUCGCCAAAGACUCGGGCAGCCCACCACUUAGCAGCAAUGUUACCGUUAAAGUAUUUAUUCAGGAUCAGAAUGAUAACGCUCCAGUAAUUCUGUCUCCGGUCAGCGCAAACGGCUCUGCCGAAGGUGUGGAGGAGACUCCGCGCAAUGUGAACCAAGGUUAUUUGGUCACAAAGGUCAGGGCCUACGACGCUGACAUAGGAUACAACGGCUGGCUACUCUUUUCUCUGCAAGAAGUGUCUGAUCACACGCUCUUUAGUUUGGACCGCUAUACUGGACAGAUAAGAACACUUCGGCCAUUCACGGAAACAGACGAGGCUAAACAUAAACUUGUUAUACUAGUCAAAGACAAUGGGAACGUUUCACUCUCAGCCUCUGCUACCGUGAUCGUCACUCUUGUGGAGCCCAAGGAGGCUUUUGCAGCAUCUGAUGUCAGAAGUGCCGUCAUCAAUGACAAGGACAGCGACGUGACAUUGUAUUUAUUUAUCGCAUUGGGAUCAGUUUCAUGUUUGUUUAUAGUCAGUAUGGUUGUGCUGAUUGCUAUGCGAUGCUCAAAACCUACUGACUACACUUCUAAAUAUUUACAAGACACAAACUAUGACGGGACAUUGUGCCACAGCAUCCAGUACAGAUCUGGUGAUAAAAGAUACAUGCUGGUUGGGCCCAGAAUGAGUAUCGGUUCCACUAUAGUUCCUGGCAGCAAUGGAAAUACUCUGGUUGUACCUGAUCGCAGGAGUAGAGCAUCUGGAGAGGUAAGAGUCUGUAUAAAUCUACUCUGA